AUGGCUGCACAGAUUGCUUCUGGCAUGAAAUACCUUUCUUCCCUUAACUUUGUACAUCGAGACCUUGCAACAAGGAAUUGCCUUGUUGGUAGGAAUUAUACAAUCAAAAUUGCUGAUUUUGGAAUGAGUCGGAACUUGUACAGUGGUGAUUAUUAUAGAAUCCAGGGGAGGGCUGUCCUCCCCAUACGAUGGAUGUCUUGGGAAAGCAUCUUAAUGGGCAAAUUUACAACAGCAAGCGACGUGUGGGCAUUUGCAGUUACUUUAUGGGAAAUGCUGACUUUUUGUCGGGAGCAACCCUACAGUGAAAUGUCUGAUGAGCAAGUGAUUGAAAACACAGGAGAAUUUUUCCGAGACCAAGGAAAACAGGUAACAGAGAAAAAAUGUAAAUCAAAUAGCUCAAUAUUUAAGUGGAUGCAUCAUCUAUUUUUUGAAGCUAGCUCUAUAUAA